AUGGCACAAUACGACGGCCACGCUCAAUACCAGCUCUCGCUCAUGUCGACGCCCUCUCCCUCUCCCUCUCCAACCCCCACGCCCUCGGCGUCUCCCCAGGCCGAGAUCCGCCUGCCCACGUUCGCCAUAAAGUUCCUCCGGCCGAUCCGCGCGCAGAGCCGGCUGCCCUCCAUCACCGACUUCCCGUCCAUCACGUCGACGCCGCCGCACCGCUACACGCUCGCCUGCCUGCCGCCGCCCGAGCUGAUCUCGACCAUCCUCGAUGCCUUCUAUGCCUGCUCCGGGACACUGUUCUACAUCAUCAGCCGCGAGAACUCAUUCGACCUAUUCCGGAGCAUCUACUGGGGCGGCGCACGGCGGACGCGGGCGGUGCUGGGCGAACUGUGUGCCAUCGCCGCGGUGGGCGCCCAGUACGACUACGAGGGUGUGACAGAGGCCCAAAGGAUUGCCCUGUGGGAAACCGCAAAGGCCUACACCGAGGAUGUCAGGAAGGGCGACGAGGUCAGGGUCAUCAGGGUAUACACGCUGUGCGCCCUGUUUUCCAUCAUCGAGAAGAGGUUCGUCGCUAUGUCGUACAUCUCGGCUGCGAUGAAGAUUGCCGUGAGAUAUGGACUGCAUAAAAAGAACGACGAGGCUGGGCUGUUCAAAGGGAGGGAUAGGAUCCCGUACAGGAAGUGCUGGCGGUCACUGAAAUUCCUGGAGAGCUGGAUGGUAGGUACACUCGGCCGAGUUGCACAGCACUUGAGCCCAUCGGAUACCAUCGAUAUCACCCCGAUAGAGGACGGGGAAGAUUCCCCCACCACCCCUACCGCGGAAAUGGUUGUGGUGGACGUCGAAGUGGUGCAGACGGAACUGGGCAGGAUCGCUUUCCUCAUGGAGGAAAUCAUGAAGAACGUCUAUGGAACGGGCCGCUGCGGCAUCAAUGUGACAAAUGCGUACAUGAAGAAACUGGAGUGCUGGUUGCAAGAGCUGCCAAAGUUCAUGCGCCUCGACACCCUUCUCAGUGACGCCUGCGACAGCUCUACCCGCCGCUCGAUCCUGCUGGUGCACUUGACGUAUCUCGGCUCAAUGUUGCUGCUGACGCGGCCAUCGCUCAUUCUCCUUGUCAGCCGUCAUGCUGGUGACCCAUGGCUCUAUGACGGCACAAAAGAGGAAGCCCGGCGAUAUAUGGACCUGUGUCUCGAAGCCGCACACAACGUUGCCACCGUCGUCGGAAUCAUCGACAACGAGCAAAUCCUCUUCAAACGGUGUUGGCUCGUAAUCGGCCAAUCCUUCAACUCUUUAACCCUCCUCCUCUUCCAAAUCGUGCAAAAGCAGCGGCACCACCGGCCAGCGGCCGACUACGCAGCCGACCUCGCAUCGGCCACGCUGUUGGUGAAAGUGCUCCUAACCUGUUCCGACCGGGACCCACUAGCCAAAAAGUUCCUUGACGUGGUGCAGCCAUACGCACGGUUAUUCCCACUGUCGGACCCGAACCUUGCGGCGGCAUUCCCACACGCGCCACCGGCCUCGCAGCCGAUCGACCUGGACGCGCUCGCGCUGCACCUGUUGUCGAUAAUCCGCACGCCGUUCGGCGGCGACGGUACCGUCGAAACGUGCGUGUUCCAGCCGCCGCUCGCGGUCUCGGAGGAGUCCCAUGCCGGCUUUUGGCCUGCAAAGGCCUACCAUGUCGAGGUGUGGAGGCAGGAUAUGGCGCCGACGCAGAAGCUCCCGCUUAAGAGACUGGCCGGCGCUGCGAAAUCCAGCCUCGCGUAUCAUACGCCCCGGAUACCGGCAUAA